AUCAUCAUGUAUAAUAUAUUAAAUAUUAGUGAAUAUUGAAUGAAUAAAAUUAUUUUGAGGAAAAACAAGAAAAAUGGAGUCGGAAAAAAGAUCGAACCUCAGCAGGGUUCAAUUGUACCCGCAGUACCUUACCGGCUUGGGUAUUUCCUUAAUUAUGCUUGAAUUGGGCAUAAUGGUCGGAUGGUCAUCGCCUUACCUCGAGCGCUUAACUGGUAUCAAUGCUGAACCCUUUUAUUUGACCGACGAACAAAAAUCAUGGGUAGCAUCUUUAUUAAAUGCAGGCCGCUUUCUCGGAGCUUUAAGUGGGGCAAUACUCAUUAACUUUUUGGGCAGCAAAAAUUGCCUUACGCUGUCAAUUUUACCAACUGCCGGAUGUUGGAUACUGACAAUUUUCGCUGAUUCUUACAUCUGGUUGUACGCAGCAAGGGCAAUCGGUGGAUAUGGUUUAGGAUUAACUUAUAGCUGUAUGGCUCUGUACGUUGGAGAAGUGGCUUUGCCAGAAAUCAGAGGUGGUUUGAUUUCUAUCGCUAUGUCUGGCGGUAGUUCGAUCGGUGCUGUGAUAAGCAGCGUUUGUGGGAGAUACUAUCCAAUGCAUUUAACUGCGGCAUGCUUUCUUAUACCAUGCGCUAUCGCGAUUGUGUUGCUUGCUUGGUUGCCUGACUCGCCAUUUGCAUUGGCUAAAAAAGGUAAAGAUGAAGAAGCCGAAGAAGCGAUUGCUUGGUAUCAACCAGGUCAAGACCCUACCCGAGAAGUGACCAUUGUGAAAAACCUAGUGGCCAAUGAUAAAUCUCUGACAUUCAGAGAAAAAAUAGAAAAAUUAAAAUCUCCAGCUGUGAAACAAGCCUUGAUUCAUAUCUUUGCUUUAUUUACUUUUAUGCAAUUGGCUGGUCUCAACACCAUCAUCUUUUUCAUGCAAGAAAUUUUAAGAAAAAGCGGAAUAUCCGACCCUGCCAGUAUGGUGAUCUAUGUAAAUAUUACGAGCUUUUUCACGGGAAUAGCAUCGUGCAUCUUAAUUGAUCGAUUUGGAAGACGAUUUUUGUUAAUUUUGUCAAGUUGUGGAGUCGCGAUGGCCAUGGCUUGUCUAACUACCAACUCAUAUCUCAUAGAGAAUAAUUAUAACGUGAAUAAUAAUCUGCAAUGGCUUCCUGUGAUUUCAAUAUUUUUGUACAUCAACGCCUUUUUCGUCGGCCUCAUGUGUGUACCGAGUACAGUUUUGAGUGAAAUUUUCCCUUCGGAUGUCAAAAGCAUGGCAGGAUGUUUUGCCAGCUUGGUUGGAGCAUUUUGGUCUUUUAUGGCAACGAAAUCGUUCACACCGUUGAUGGACAUUAUCGGGCCAGUUUAUGUUUAUGGCGCUCAUGGUAUAUGUGCAUUGCUGAUUAUUCCAUACGUUUUAAUAUUUUUACCAGAGACAAAAGCCAAAAGCCUCAAAGAAAUUCAAGAUCAGCUGACGGGAGAUUAUUAAUUGAUUCUCUCCGAAAUGUAGUUCAGUUUGUAGAUAGUUAUUAGUGUAAGAAAGUUCACUAAAAUAUGCGAAUUUUUAAACAUGACAUGAUCUUUAAAUCGUUCAAGGUUUUUUUAUAAAUCUCAAAAUAGUAACUUAAAAAAAUAGAUUUAAGUAAUUUCACAUCUAGGAAAAAUUUAAUUUUAUGUAUCUAUAAUUAAUUUUGCAAGAUAGAUGAUUGUAAAUAUAAGUGAUGUUAUAUUUUUUACUCAAUUUAAUACAUAUAUAUAGGUUCUAUAGGUGAGUUAGAAUUAUGUAAUAGAAAAAAAUUAUAAUUAUGUGAAUUAAAUAGUACUUGAAACUUGAUUUUACAUGAAAUAAAGUAAAUGAACAUUUA